AUGGAUGUUCUAGCUCGCCGCCACCUCCGCCAUGCCGUCGGGGAGCUCCUCGCCGCCGCGUUCCUGCUCUCCGGCGCCGCCAGGGCGCAGGAAGAAACAGAGGACGAGCUCGAGUUCAGCUACGUCCCGGGCGCGGCGAACGGCCCGGAUCGCUGGGGCGAGAUCAUCGUAAACUCUGUGAUCGACAUGCUUUAUUUGAGAGAUUCUACAUGUCAUGCCUUAAUGAUCAAGCCGGCGUGGGCCAACUGCAGCCGCGGCCGAAUGCAGUCCCCCAUCGACCUCUCCAAACGCAGGCCGGAGCGAUCCCUCGGCUUCCUCAACUACGCCUACCACCCCGCCCAGGCCACCAUCGUCAACCGCGGCCACGACAUCCAACACUCUGUUCUGCCGCCGCAGGUGAAGUUCAGUGGCGACGCCGGGAGGCUGGUGAUCAACGGCACGGUGUACCACCUGCGGCAGCUGCACUGGCACACGCCCAGCGAGCACACCGUCGGCGGCCGGCGCUACGACAUGGAGCUGCACCUGGUGCACGAGUCCGCGGCGAACAAGGCCGCCGUGAUCGCCGUCCUCUACAAGUUCGGCGACCCCGACCCGUUCCUGAAGAUGCUGGAGCCCGCCAUCAAGAGCAUCAAGGACACCCGGGACAAGGAGGAGCCCGUCGGGGUGGUCGACCCCAGCGGCGCGCGGGCCCCCGGCAGCGUGUACUACCGCUACACGGGCUCCCUGACGCCGCCGCCCUGCUCCGAGGGGGUAGUCUGGACUGUCUUCCCGAAGCCUCGCCACGUGGCCAGGUACCAGGUGGAGCUUCUCAGGGAUGCGGUGGAUGACGUAAGAGCCGAUCUCGUUAGCCUCGUCGUUCCUUCCUCUAAUUUUCACACGCAUUUACUUGUGCCUUGCGAUGAUGCGCGUGUGCGGAUCUCCCAAGGGUUCGUCAAUUUUUUUAUUUUUAGGUUCAAAACCAUUUAGUACCGGACAUUUUGACCGGUACUAAAUGAUGUCCCAUUUAGUACCGGACAACCGGUACCGGUCGAGAUCCCGGUACUAAACAGGAGUUCUCGACCAGUACUAAUAGACAUUUUUCUAGCAGUGAAUUUAUGUCAUAAUACGCGCUCC